AUCCCGUGGCCGCUGACGAUUGUCGGGACGUGAGAUGAUAGCUGGAAGGGAUUUCCCGUGGUCGCCGGCGAGGAGCCGCGACGUGAGAACAGAUCAUCGAGGACGACGAACCGGAAGACAGGGAAGACCUGUUCUCAAUUGACUUGCUCCUCUGCUCGUUCUGACCCUUUGCAACUUAUAGCCUUGUCUGGCCUUCCAUCUGAGUCCCACGGUUGUUGGACUCACUUGUCAGUCAACGCAGUGGACCUCUCCAUCACGGGUGUUACACUAUCGCCCCCUGAAAACUUUGCUUGUCCCCAAGCAAAGGCAUUUCUGUAGUUGUCACGAUGAAGCUGAUUGCUGCCUACCUGCUCGCUGUUCUGGGUGGGAACACUUCCCCGACUGCUGAUGACGUUAAGAACAUCCUGGAAUCAGUUGGGGCUGAAGCUGAUGAAGAGAAGCUGGAGUUCCUGCUCGCAGAACUCAAAGACAAGGACAUAACAGAAGUGAUUGCAGCUGGAAGGGAGAAGUUUGCCUCUGUGCCUUCAGGUGGUGGUGGAAUCGCUGUGGCAGCUCCAGCUGCUGGUGCUGGUGGUGGCGCAGCACCUGCUGAAGAGGCAAAGAAGGAGGAGAAGGUUGAAGAGAAGGAAGAAUCCGAUGAAGACAUGGGUUUCAGCUUGUUCGACUAACUGCUGCCCGCCUUAUAGUUCUUUCGUGUGUGGUCUGAUACGACGAUAUCCCCAAAGUACGAACCAUGUCGAUAUUCAAUGUUUGUGUUAUUUUGCGUCAGACUAGUGUAUAUAUUUAGUACGUAACUACCUGUAUCACGGUCUGCGAGUAUGUGA